UCAGCCAAGACAAUGUUCUACAGUUAGAGAGAAACGCCCUCUUUGUGGAGCUAGACUACAGCCAGAAACCUGAGAACGAAUUAAACAUGGCCGUUGAACUCUUCCAAGGAGACAAAAACAAGAUAGAUGUUAACAGGGCGUCUCUUCAGUUCAGAACCGUGAUUCAAGCUGCAAAAAGAAGAGUAGUGGAUAGCGAUGAUGAUGAACCAGAAAGCAAAAGCCAAAAGAAGAAGCGUUUGGCGAGCGUUGAAGACGACAUUUUGUUCAAGGUCGCGGACCAGAUAGAUAACGACGAGGUACUCGAGUCUCUCAUGCAGGCUCUGGACAUCGGGCAAGUCAGUCGACGACGCUGCCUCGAGACCAAUCGCUCCGAGGGGAAGGUCACCGAAAGAGGAACGCGUGAGUUGCUCCUCAAAUGGCGGUCAAAGACCAAUGCUACGGAACAGCGCUCAGGCUUGGAGAGCGCCCUCACGAAAGCAGAGCUCCAUGAUCUGCGGACCAAACUCUUUCAAGAAGAGAAAGAGAGUCAUUAUAGAAACAUCUGAAAUAUGCUGCUAAACAGUGAAAUAAGUAGUAUAAAAUUUAAAAAAAAGUUGGUUCUUGUAUAAUUAUAGCACUCAUGUUUGACAGACUUAACACUCCUAACGCUACUGCUACUCGAUUAAUGAUUUCAACUGCUUUAGCAUGGCCGCCCUAAUGGCGCUUUAGCACUUCCAGGAAUAAAUUCUUGUCAGGUUCCAAUUUAUUUCACAUGGGUCGUGUUGUUGCAUAUUUAAUUUGUUAUCUUACAAAUAAUACUAAAAAUAACAUCGGUCAUCCAUUAAAGACCAUAUCCUAACUGAAAAAUGAAAUGGACGAAUUAUAAAUCAACGGAAAGCUU